AUGACAUCGCUGAACGCAAAGCAGAAACUGGCUCUUCUCAACCUUUACUCGGAGGAAAUCAUGAAACGUCUGACGCCAAUCUACUAUUGUCCUGAAAUGAGCGGCGUAAUCGCAGAGUUGCUGGAUAUAAAUAGACUCGAAGAGCUAUGCAUGGAAUCUUACAAUGAAGACGACUUCAGUAAGAAGUUGUGGGACGAGUUGGCCGCCUCUCCUAUGAAGAAUGUUUUGUACGACACUAUUCUUAAUUACCUCUCCAAAGUUGAUGCUUCCUUACACUCGAUUUUAUGCCUUGUUUCAGAGAAGGACACAAGAAGUCAGUUCGGCAAAGUUCUGUCUAAUUUUGAACAGUUUUGGACACACAUUAAUGUUGAUACAACAAUGGCUUUUCUUAAGAAGAUCCCCUGUUACGAUAACAUCAUUAUGAACAUUGAGAGAAGUUGGAGAGGUGACGAAGAAGAGGACACUAAAAAGAGAAUUGUUCUCAGAACAAUACCUCUUCUUGGCAGUAACGCAAUCUACGACCUAAUGCGAUCCAUAUACGACAACUCGGAAAAAGCGGCAGCGUUCGUUGAUCAGUUGCACCCCUGCUUUCUUCGUUAUUACGAGUUGAUCGAUAAAGAGAGGAAUUCUCCGCGUGGGGUCAUAAACUUCUGCCCUGCAGGUCUGCCCGUGCAAGACGUAAUUGACGCGGGAGCACUUUCAUCUGAGAAACACAAAUUCAAUUUGAACUAUGAAGAUCUUCCACCUGCUUUGUUGGGUAGGGAAAAUCUCGCUGGUCGGCUGCUGAAAUCAAUAAAUGAUAGGAUCCAUGCUGAAAUUCCAAUUCUGCUCCGUCAUUAUCAAAGAGAACUCUGUGAAACAGCCAUGAAGGGCGAAAAUACGAUCAUUGCAGCUCCUACAGGCUCUGGAAAAACGAUCGUGCUAUUCAUGACCCCAAACACGGUCAUUCUCGAUCAGCAAGCAGCAACUCUGCGCAAAUUCCUAGAUCAUCGUUACGAGGUGUUCGCUGUACGAGGAUCUGACGACAUCCCUCUUCGACAAGUUAUUGCUGCGAAAGACGUCAUUGUAACCACACCACAGUUAAUUGUGAAUCUUCUCAAAUAUGAUGAACCUGGAGAAACAAGCGAUGAAGUCCGCACCGAAUUUGACUUGACCACAUUCACUUUGAUGGUUUUCGAUGAGUGUCAUAAUGCAGUGAAGAAUUCUCCUUUUGCUGUGCUUAUGAGAUUCUACCAUCGUCUGAAUUUCUCGAUGAGGUUGAAACCCGGUUGUAAAUUACCACAGGUAAUAGGAUUAACUGCUUCCCUAGGAGUGGGAGGUGCUUCUAAUGAAAGCGAUGCUUUAAACCACGUUGUGGGACUGUGUGCUUGCUUAGACUGCUUGAAUAUAAGUACGGUUCAAAAAUACACAGAUCAACUUCGGAAGUUCUCUCCUAUCGUUGUCGAUGAAGUGCACUUUACCGAUGAUCAAAAUGAUUCUUUGCGUGCUCAUUUUAUUGACACUUUAUGUACGCUUAUGAAGCUUUUUGAAGAGAAGCUGUAUGAACUUUACAGCAAGUCUAUUUUACCUUCUACACGGGAAAUAUGUAUGAGUAGCGAAGAACGUGACCAACCGUACGUGGUCUACAACACCUUCAGAAAAGCUCCUGAUGAUAAGUUAUCACAAGGUUAUCUGAACUGGGUCAGCGUUCACCUCCGACGCAUAGUUCCAGAAACGCUGUUUUCUGAAGAGUCAGUUAAAACCCAAGCUAUUGAAAUUUUAGAGAUCCUCAAUGACCUCUACCGAACGACUGAAAUGUACCAAGAUUUUUCAACAGCUGAAUCGUUAAAAUUUCUUAAAAACCAAAUGGCGAUGAGGAUCAACUCGCUCACUGAAUUUUCACGUUUCCAUUGGAAAGAGUACUCAGAGAAACUCUCCUCAUUUCAAUCUUCGGAAAGUAGCCUGUUCUCUGAGCUGAUCAAGCACUUAACAGAUAACAACAAAGAAGACUUCCGAUGUAUUAUAUUUGUUCGAACUCGAAAAGGUGCAUCUAUCCUUGCUCGCUUGCUAAAUUCCUGUCCGAAGUUAGCUGCUUGUGAUCUUCGCGUUGAACCUAUUGCUGGAUUAAAUAAAGCAGCGGACGAGACUACGACGAAGCGAGAACAAGCAGAGAAGUUGAAAAGAUUCAGAAAUGGAGACACACGUGUGCUUGUGGCCACAUCGGUUGCCGACGAAGGUUUGGACGUGGCUAAGUGCAGCCUUGUAAUCAAGUAUAAUUACGCUAGUAAUGAAAUUGCACAUGUGCAACGUAGAGGUCGUGGACGUGCCGAAAAAUCGCGAAGUAUCUUGUUGACGCAAAAUUUAAAGCUCAAAAAUCAAGAAGAAAAAAACAUUCUCAAGGAACGAUUGAUGAACCAUGUUCUUCGCGCAGUUCAAGAGAAUCGGAUCAAUCUUACUACUCUUGUGAAAAAAGCUGUUGAAGAAUUACGACUAGAAAUCCAGAGAGAAGAUGCGAUGGUGAUUGCUCGGAAAAUGGCGCAGAAAUCUUCAGGAAUUGUGUUCAAAAUUUUAUGCAGUAAGUGUGACGAGACGCUAUGCACUUCCAAGGACAUUAAAACCUAUAAGAAUUCACAAUACUGUGUCUGUAGCCCAUCAUUCUGGUCAAAGACCAGAAACGAAGAAAUCAAAGAUGAUGUAAGAGAAUCAAAGUUUGGAUCUGUUGCAAAGUUGUUUUGUGUAAGAGAAAAUUGCCAGAAUGUUCUCGGAAGGGUGGUAUGCAUUGAGGGAAUGUUGAUGCCAGCUCUGGCAGCGUCAGCAUUUGUCUUGGAAUUCACUGAAGCUUCAGGAUCUAUUAAAAGGCGUGCCGUGCGCAAAUGGAAAGAGGUUGUGAAGGAUUACUUCACUCCUGAUCAAAUCCGAAACUACGAUCUUGUUGUCAUGGCUAAAUCUGCGAAUAAACCGAUUAUCAAAAACAUGGGACUGCUGUGCAUCCGCUGGAACCUGGAACGCUACAUCAUGUCAUCUCCACUACCUUCCAUUCUCGGAGUUCUCGGCGGAUGUAUGGGUUGCAUGGUUUUCGUCGAAAAAAUCGCCAAAGCAGAACCAUCAUCUAUGAAUCUCAUGACAUUCUCAACAUUUCUGUUUAUUGCUAGUCAAGGAUUAAUAUUCACAUCAAAAUUCUUCACAGUUCCAAAUAAGAUACCUCUCAGAGGAUACCUACCUACUGUCAUCACUUUCUUCACUGUUAACGUUGUGAAUAACCAAGCGUUAAAUUUCCAUGUUCCUGUCCCUCUACAUAUAAUUUUCCGCUCAGGUUCUCUUCUUGCCAAUCUAUUACUGUCUGUGAUUCUAUUGAAGCGGAAAUAUUCAUUAAGGAAGUAUCUGUCGGUUAUAGCAAUUACUAUAGGGAUUGUUAUUUGUACGCUAGCAACAAGUGAUCUCGAAAAGAACUCAGGGUUGAGUUAUGAAGAAGCAGCAAAACACUACCACGAAUGGAUGAUUGGAAUUUCUAUGCUGAUAUUUGCUUUGCUGGCAUCCGCAUAUCUAGCCAUUUGUCAGCAACGAAUGUACGAGACGUAUGGGAAGCAUCCCGAAGAAGCCAUGUUUGUUAUUCAUGCCGUAUCACUGCCACUAUUUUCAUUAAUGGGUGCGGACAUUAUGGCAGCAGCGAGAAAGUUCAACGAGAGCGCUCCAUUUGAAUUAGGCAUCAUCUCACUUCCUGUUCCUUCUUUGUGGAUGAAUCUUUUCCUCAGCUGUAUCCUACAAUAUUAUUGUAUCCGUUUUGUUUACCGAUUGAAUGCUGAGGUAGAGGCAUUGACCGUUACUCUUGUUGUGACUCUACGAAAGUUCCUUUCGUUAGUGUUCUCUAUUUGGUGGUUUCAGAAUCCAUUCACAGAAAAGCACUGGAUAGGUGCUUUCCUUGUUUUCGCUGGUACGUUGGCGUUUGCAGAUGUUUGGAGCAAGAAAGAACUGGAGAAGAAGAACAAAUGA